CUCGAACCCGAACCGCCACACGUCGCCCAUCACCGUUUCCCGGGGGCGGUGGCGUCACUCUCCUCCCUUAAAAUCGGAAAAAAAACAAAAACAAUUUAUUUAAGCAGAUUAAAAAAAGGAGGAAAGGGCCACUCCCUCCCCUUCUUCUCCUCAUUCACUCCACCGCCUAUCAAGAUCUCGUCGAUCGAAAGGGGAGUGUAACUCAAUCUGUUCCUCAUCAUCGUCAUCUUCAUCUUCAUCUUCGUUGUUGGUGGUGGUGGGGUUUGUUGCUGUGUAUGGCGGUGGAGUACCGUUGUUGCGAGGGGAGUUUCUUCGUACACGUGGCGGUGAUAGUGGUGCUGGUGCUGUUCGCGGGGCUGAUGUCGGGGCUCACCCUGGGGCUCAUGUCGCUCAGCCUCGUCGACCUCGAAGUCCUCGUCAAGUCCGGCACCCCCAGGGACCGCAAGCACGCCGCCAAAAUAUUACCUGUGGUCAAGAGACAACAUCUUCUCCUCUGCACUCUCCUCAUCUGCAAUGCUGCUGCAAUGGAGGCUUUACCUAUUUUUCUUGACAGUUUGGUCACGGCAUGGGGCGCGAUAUUGCUCUCUGUGACAUUGAUACUUCUGUUCGGCGAGAUUAUCCCUCAGGCCGUCUGUUCCCGUUAUGGUUUGGCAAUCGGUGCUGCCGUUGCUCCGGUAGUUCUUGUACUAGUUUGGAUAUGCUCUCCCGUCGCGUAUCCGAUCAGCAAGUUAUUGGACUUCUUGCUGGGGGAGGGCCAUGUCGCUCUCUUUCGAAGAGCAGAGCUGAAAACGCUUGUUACGCUGCAUGGUAAUGAGGCCGGAAAAGGGGGAGAGUUAACUCACGAUGAGACGACCAUAAUUGCCGGAGCACUGGAGCUAACCAACAAAACAGCUAGAGAUGCCAUGACCCCUCUGUCCCAAACCUUUGCAAUUGAUAUCAAUGCAAAACUCGAUAAGGAGCUAAUGCAGGAGAUUCUGGAUAAGGGGCAUAGCAGAGUGCCCGUUUAUUACGAGAAACCAACAAAUAUUAUCGGACUUAUCCUGGUAAAGAACUUGUUGAGUAUACAUCCUGAUGAUGAGGUUCCUGUUAAGAACGUGACAAUUCGAAAAAUUCCACGGGUUCCGGAAGAUAUGCCUUUGUAUGACAUCCUUAAUGAGUUUCAGAAGGGUCACAGCCACAUGGCAGUUGUUGUAAAGCAAAGUAACCCGACUCAACAGCCAAGCAACAGCCAAGAUGGCGAGAAUUUGAGGAUAGAUAUCGAUGGGGAGAAGUCUAAUGAUAAAGUUGUAAAAGGCACAAAGCCCAUGAGGAGGUGGAAAAGCUAUCCAAACUCCCAGAAUUCCAACAGUGGUAAUAGAACUAGAAAAUGGGCGAGAGACGAGGCUAAUGUUCUCCAAGUACAUGACACUCCGCUGCCCAAAUUGAGUGAAGAUGAAGAGGCAAUUGGGAUAAUAACAAUGGAGGAUGUCAUUGAAGAGCUACUGCAGGAGGAGAUCUUUGAUGAGACCGAUAUCCAUGAGGAUCAAUAGUAUUGUGUUUGAUGCUUGUUUAAUUUGUGGACGGGUUUCCAUAGAGGAGUUCCCAGAGUUCUUGAUAGUUUUGGGAUUAUAGCAUAUAAUGUACUAGUAAACUGUAUUACCUCGAGGCUAUCCUAGAAAAUAAGUGUAAAUGAGUAAAUAUUCAGCCUGAUAUCAUCAUUUGCAAGAAUUUAUGCUGUAUUUUAGCAUCGUAUAUAUGAUUGCGACAAAAUCAUGACCGCACCUGCGCUGGUUUGGCAAAUCAGCCCCUUUCAAGUUUGUCGCAACAUUAGUGACUUAUAUAUGUUGAAGGUUCUAUGUAUGUGAAACUGUUGGAUUAGUGAAUCAGAUAUAUGUUAUCAAAUACAUGUUUUGCAUAAGGAGAUGAGUCCCAAGUGUGGCAAUUUGGGCUUUGGUUAAA